CGUUCAUAAUAUUAUCUGUUUAACAGGCGCAAAGGAAGCAUCACAUAAAGCUCUCCCUGGAGCCCUCUGCGGCCUUACAGCAGGGGGUAAUGAUCUUUUACUAACAGUCAAAGAAUGGACACUAACGAGGCUGCUGAACUUCUCCUCCCAGUGUGAACCUUACAUCGCUCCUCAAUGACAACACAAAGAGCGAGUAAGCAGAAAUGUAACAACACUUGUUACGAGGCUUCAGAGCAGUGACAGCUCCAGGUUUGCCCGUGCGGGGGCUCCAAGACGGACGAGGAAACCCCGAGGAUCAGGGCCUCCUGUCCGGAUGACACCAGCAGGAGCCAGCCACAAUGCCCUCCUGAGCUAGCAUUAGCUAGGCUAACAAAUGUCUUCCUUUGAAUUCGACAUAAUUGUAAAUGGAUAACUUUAUUCAAACAACUUUAAUUGAGGUGUUUGGGAGUGAGAGUUCUUAAGGAGGUGGAUAUUAUCGGAUGGACGGAAAACAUCAAUAACAGGACCGUGAGUAAAAACAGCGGAGUGCUCUUCAGGCAUGAUGGAGGGACUUCAUAGCCAGGCUAUAAGCCUGGACCCACGCAGACAGGAGCUGCUUGAAGCUCGUUUUACUGGAGUUGGUGUCACCAAGAGCUCAGCCAAUAGUGAAUCAUCCAACCAGUCUCUGUGCAGCGCAGGAUCACUCAGCGACAAGGAACUGGAGCUUGGUUUGACACCAGAGAAGAAGGCCAAUGACCAGAGAAGCAGGAAGAGAAAAGGAGACAUCUACGACACCAACAGCCAGGGAAAACUGCGAGGGCACAGAUUAAGUGAUUAUUUUGAGUUUGCUGGUAGCAGCGGCUCUGGCACCAGUCCUGCUCGGGGCAUUUCCAUGCUGGUGCGCUCUUCUCCUCAGCACUCACUGUCUAAUCCUCUGUUUCAACACGGUAGUCCUUCGUCCACAGGCUCGGCCCACACAGACUCAUCCUCUUGCAGCUCUGUUAAGACUCUGCCUGCACACUCCUUCUCUCAUAAAGCCAUCCAGUCGGAGCUGACGCUGCUGAAGCUGACAGCUCUGGAGAGGGACAAGAACUCAGACCUUGAGAAGAAGGAGGGGAGGAUAGAUGACCUGCUCAGGGCUAACUGUGACCUGAGGCGGCAGGUAGACGAGCAGCAGAAGAUGCUGGAGCGCUACAAAGAGCGGCUUAACAAGUGUGUGACCAUGAGCAAGAAGCUGCUGAUUGAGAAGUCAAAGCAGGAGAAAAUGGCCUGCAGGGACAAGAGCAUGCAGGACCGUCUACGUCUGGGUCACUUCACCACCGUCCGCCACGGAGCCUCCUUCACUGAGCAGUGGACAGAUGGAUUCGCCUUCCAGAACCUCAUCAAGCAGCAGGAGAGAGUCAACUCGCAGCGGGAGGAUAUAGAGAGGCAGAGGAAGCUGCUCGGGAAGAGGAAACCUCCAUCCAUGUCCUCAACGCCUCCGCCCAGUCUGGAACAGAACAAGAGAAAGAGCCGGAGCAACGGCCAAGAGAAUGAAGCGCUGUCUUUAGCAGAAUAUCAUGAGCAAGAGGAGAUUUUCAAACUCAGAAUUGGUCAUCUCAAAAAGGAAGAGGCAGAGAUCCAAUCAGAGCUGGAGCAUUUGGAGCGAGUCAGAAACCUGCAUAUUCGGGAGCUGAAGAGAAUCCAUAAUGAAGACAGCUCACAAUUUAAAGACCAUCCUACACUGAAUGAAAGAUAUCUGCUCUUAUAUUUACUUGGAAAAGGCGGCUUUAGCGAAGUUUUCAAGGCUUUUGAUUUGACUGAGCAGAGAUAUGUGGCCAUAAAAAUCCAUCAACUCAACAAGAACUGGAGGGAGGAGAAGAAACAAAACUACCACAAACAUGCCUGUCGGGAAUACAGAAUCCACAAAGAACUUGACCACCCCAGGAUAGUCAAACUUUACGACUAUUUUUCACUCGAAACAGACUCGUUCUGCACAGUGCUUGAGUACUGUGAAGGGAAUGAUCUGGACUUCUACUUGAAACAGAAUAAGUUGAUGACUGAAAAGGAGGGUCGCUCCAUCGUCAUGCAGAUCGUCAACGCACUCAAGUACCUCAAUCAGAUCCGUCCACCUAUCAUCCACUAUGACCUCAAACCAGGAAACAUCCUUCUAGUUAAUGGCACAGCCUGCGGAGAGAUCAAGAUCACUGACUUUGGUCUGUCUAAGAUCAUGGAUGAUGACAGCUACAGCUCUGCAGAUGGCAUGGAGCUGACGUCACAAGGAGCAGGGACCUACUGGUACCUUCCCCCUGAGUGCUUUGUGGUGGGCAAGGAGCCGCCUAAAAUAUCCAACAAAGUGGAUGUUUGGUCUGUGGGUGUCAUCUUCUACCAGUGUUUAUAUGGACGCAAGCCGUUCGGUCAUAACCAGUCGCAGCAGGAUAUCCUUCAAGAAAACACAAUAUUAAAAGCUACUGAUGUGCAGUUUCCCCCAAAACCUGUGGUUACCACAGAAGCAAAGGCCUUCAUUCGCCGCUGCUUGGCAUAUCACAAAGAGGACCGUGUUGAUGUCCUGCAGCUGGCCAGCGACCCCUUCCUCAUGCCACAUAUUCGCAAAGCUCUGGGCAGCAGCACGCCGCUGGCACCUCCUCUUCCUUCCACCUCCAGCGUCUUCAGCAGCAGUGCCUCCGAAUGAAGGGAGCUUUAAAAAAAAAAAUUUAAAAAGACGAUGUAAAACUCCCAGUGAGGAUGAAGCCACAUGGAGACGUUGCACACUUGAAGAAAUUUCUUUCCUCCCUCGAUGACAGAGAAAAGAGCAUGAUGGGAUAGAGAGAUCCUUAAAGUGUGAAUGAAGCCAAUGUGAAUGGCAAUAUGGUAAUGUGGUGAUGUAGUUGUAAACAUGACCACCUCCAUUAUAUAAGUGGUAAAAAUGAAGGGCCAGUCUGUGGCUGUGGGCUCAGUAGAACCCAAAGAGUCGCCCGUAUGCAUGCACUAACAAAAACUCAUUAAGGGGCUUCUUUACCUGAUAAAUAGUAAAAGCACCUGAAAAAAAUUGCACAACUGACAGGCUGAGAAGUUCACCAUGUGUGGAAGAGCUGCCUGUACUAUUGAGAAACAUGUAGGAGAAAAGAGCGUUUAUUAAAUUUUAUCGCAUUCUGCUUGAGAUGCAUCAUCUAUCAAACUAUUUUUCACAACUAGAGUGGUCACUUUCAACAUGUCUCCCUCUAUGGUUUAACUUUGGACAUUUAGGAAGGGCUUGUUAAAGUAAGGAACGACUGAUGACCAAAGUUCAAGGCCGGCCUUGUCGAUAUGAAACCAUCUAAUGGUUUAAAAAUGACUUGAAACAGAAGAGAGCUGAUUCUGCAAAGAGUGACUGGUUUUGACCUAUUUUAAAGAGAUUAUGGGAUAACUGGAAGUCAGCUGUUAUUUUAAUUGUUCAGUCCAUAUUUUUCCAUGAAAUUGAAUCCCUGUACUGUUUUUAACAUUAUAGAGGGGACUGGCUAUGAGUGAGUGUGGUGGUGAGAGUUAAGACUGAACUGAAAUAAUAAUGAAAUCAUUAAAAGAUAUUUGAUUAAA